UUGUCAAAAACGUCAACUCAACCGCUUCUAGUUCUACGUUGACAAACGUCAACCAAAAAUACUUAUUAGUUUUUUUUAUAACAAUUAUUAACAAAUAAAUUAAACAUGGGAGAUCAGUUUGACUGUGCACUGGAUCUUAUGCGGCGCUUGCCCCCUCAGCAAAUAGAGAAAAAUUUAAGUGAUUUAAUAGAUUUAGUACCCAGUUUGUGUGAGGACCUACUGUCUUCAGUAGAUCAGCCUUUAAAAAUCGCAAAAGAUAGAGAAACUGGAAAGGAUUAUUUACUGUGUGAUUAUAAUAGAGAUGGUGACUCAUACAGGUCUCCUUGGUCUAAUACAUAUUACCCCCCAUUGGAAGAUGGUUCAAUGCCUUCGGAACGUUUAAGGAAACUGGAGCUAGAUGCCAAUAAAGCAUUUGAUCAAUACAGGGAAAUGUAUUUCGAGGGAGGAGUGUCCUCGGUUUAUUUUUGGGACCUAGACCACGGUUUUGCCGGUGUGAUAUUAAUAAAGAAAACGGGGGACGGAAGUAAGAAAAUUAAGGGUUGCUGGGAUUCCUUACACGUGGUGGAAGUUCAAGAGAAGAGUUCGGGCCGUACUUCCCACUACAAAAUGACCUCGACUGCCAUGCUGUGGCUUCAAACUAAUAAACAAGGUUCCGGAACGAUGAAUCUUGGCGGUAGUUUAACUAGGCAGAUAGAACAAGAUGCAUCGGUAAACGAAAGUAACCCCCACAUUGCUAAUAUCGGCAGGAUGGUGGAGGAGAUGGAAAAUAAAAUCCGAACCACACUUAACGGUAUCUACUUUAGCAAAACUAAAGAUAUAGUAAAUAGCCUAAGGUCCAUUCAGCCUUUAACGGAAAGCCGCCAGCAACAGGCUCUCCAACAGGAUUUGGCUGCCGCUCUGCAACGUAGGCACAACAAAACCGACAACUGAUGUCUUCAAAUUUACCACAUAAACUACGAAAACGAUGAUUAACACUUCUGAGAGCAUUGAGCCCAACAGAUUUCUUUUUAUUUAGUCGGAUAUGUUUUUCAGUGGAAAAAAGUGUUUUUCUACUGUAAAACAUGGUCUCUAAGUUAUUAUGCGCUUACAUGAGUAUUAAUAGAAAUUUUGCCAUUUCCACAAUAUCGUUUUUGAUUUUUUUUCACAUAUUUUUUGGAUCGUUGGGUUCGAUAGCAACUGUUUUCCUAGGAUGCAAAUGUGAAGGCCAAAAUAUUUAAAAGAAAUAUUUCUAACAUGAAAAAAGCAUUUUCUUUGAUUGUAAGUUCCAUUAUAUUCAUUUCAUUUUUAUUUAUGUUACUACGAAAUAAAAUUGUAGGUUUUUCAAUAUAAUUUUAUAUUUA